AUGACGCAGGCUGGAGUGGUGGUUGUGGGUGCUGGAGCGGUGGGGUGCUUCAUAGGAGGCUGCCUCGUGCACCACGGCCACGGGGGCGCGGUGACGCUGGUCGGCCGCCCCACCCUCCAAGCGGCUGUCCGCGAGGCCGGGCUUACCCUGUGCGGCCUGGGCUUCGAGAGCGGGGCCGUCCACCUCCCGCCCGACGCCGCACCCACAAUCGUCACUGACCUCCACCAAUGCGACUGGGAGGGCGUGGGGUUCGCUCUGGUGGCGGUGAAGAGCGGCAGCACGGAGCAGGUGGCCAAGGAGCUCGCCGCUGCGGAGCUGCCCGAGUCGGUCGUGGUGGUGAGCAUGCAGAACGGGGUAGACAACGCGCGGGUCCUCCAGCAGCACCUGCCCUCGCACACGGUCGUGGCCUGCGUCGUGGGCUUCAACGUCGUGUGGCGGCAGCCCAACGCCACCUUCCACCGCGGCACCAACACCCCGCUGGUCGUCGGCGCCCUCCACAUAUCGAGCGACGGCGCGGCCAGGCGUGUGGCGCGGCUGCUGAACGAGGCCGCGCGGCUCGAGACCCAUGUGUCAGCCCACAUCGCCCACGUCCAGUGGACCAAGCUGAUGAUGAAUCUCAACAAUGCGCUCGACGCGCUGUCGCGGCUGCCGAUCAGGCGCCAGCUCGGGCGGGAGGCCCAUCGGUGGACCCUUGCCGCGUGCCAGGCCGAGGCCCUGCGCGUGUUCGACGCGCACCCCGACAUACGGCUGGAGCGGAUGGGGCUCUUUAUACCGCGCAUCACGCCGCACCUCCUGCGGCUGCCCAACUGGCUCUACCUCCGCAUCACCCCGCUGCGCGUCACCGACGAGGCCCGCGGCUCCAUGUGGCAAGACUUGGCAGCAGGGAGGCCGACUGAGGUGUACCACCUCAACGGUGUGAUCCAGCGGCGUGGACGGGAGAAGAACAUUCCGACGCCCGUCCACGACGCGGUGGUGGCCACGAUUCGGGAGGCCGAGAAGCGGAAGCAGAGCCCGCGCCUGGAGCCGGAGCAGCUCUACGAACGGAUCGUUGGUAGCCCGUUCAGCCACCGCCACCGCCAGUCACACGCGCUGCUUGCGCUUCUUCUGCUGCUCGUCGCGGCGGUAGCGGUAGUGGUCGCCUUGCGCUACGUUGCGCUUCCAUAG